AUGUUGCGAUUAGCGACGCCAAGGGCGAGACAUUUUCGUCCCUGUUGCUUCCGAUCUCCAUUUCGAACGGUAUCUUCCGCUGCACCACCGCUCAUUCGCAUUCAAGACGCCACUUUCUACGAGAACUACCCGACCCCCGAAGAUGAAGCAAAAGGCGUGAACCAACCGAUCUUUUCUAACCUAAACUUCACUCUUCCGUCUUCACAAGAUGCUACCGGCCCUCAGCAUUGGGCUGUCAUAGGUGCCCCGUCCCGAACCCAGUUCCUCGACGUCCUCCGCGGCCAACACAUUUGUAUCCCACCUUCCGGGCGCAGCUAUCCGUACCUGCUCACCGACGAAAUUGCGCAGAAGGACCCUCGAUUACGGUAUGCGGCGAACGCAGUUCAAUAUAUUGGCUUUAGUGGCGAGGGAUCGAGUGCCAUUGGAGGCACGCGGGGCGCAUACUUGAGUGCUCGAUAUGAGAGUCUGCGGGAGGAAACCGACUGGACCGUCGAACAAUACCUUAGGGGCCAGACUUCGCUUAAUCCAUUGGAUGAGGAUAAGGGCGGCACUGUUCGUGACGAGGCUUUUCUAUCUCAGGUUAUCGCCCAGUUGCGUUUGCAAGACCUGCUCGACAUGCCCGUCGCAAACCUAAGCAAUGGCCAAACAAGACGGGCUCGGAUCGCAAAGGCUCUGCUCGGAAGACCUGAGCUUCUGCUCCUUGACGAUCCUUUCAUGGGACUUGACCCCGCGACAGUCAGAAGCAUAUCAGAUCUUCUUCAUCAGCUAGCAAGCAAUUCUGAUCCUCGGUUGGUACUUUCUUUACGGCCACAGGAUAAAAUCCCGGACUGGAUCACACAUCUCCUUAUCAUUGGAAGGGCGAACCGUAUUCUCAUGCAGGGAACACGGGAAGAGGCCGCGGAUGUGUUCUACGUAUGGAAGUCGAUGAUGGGAAAUCGGAGAUACAAUAGCGAGAAGCACAGGUCCCUAGUCCGUCAAGCUAGAGCCGAUCUGAGAGAUGGCUAUCUUGAUAACCAGCUCAUCUGGGAUUUGCAACUAAUCUCACCGCGUGCUACAACACUCGCACUUAGUGUGGCUAAGGAUGGCGAGCCUCUCAUUGAAAUGGAUGGAGUCCGUGUGCAGUAUGGGGACAAAGUUGCUUUGGGAGGUUGGACUCAGGAAAUCAAGAAACAACCACAGGAAGGUCUACACUGGGUUGUCCGUCGUGGACAGAGAUGGGCGGUUCUAGGACCCAACGGCUCCGGCAAGACGACUCUCCUCUCUCUCAUCACCUCCGAUCACCCACAAACCUACGCCCUCCCCGUUAAGCUCUUUGGCCGCUCUCGCCUUCCCGAGCCUGGCAAGCCGGGGAUCUCAAUCUUCGAACUCCAAUCCCGCAUCGGCCAUUCCUCCCCCGAAAUACACGCCUUCUUCCCCCGCCAGCUCACAAUCCGCGAGGCAAUCGAGUCAGCUUACGCAGAAACCUUCCUCUCCAAGCCUAUUCUCAAUCAUGGCCACGAUCUCGACAUCUCCGCUGCCCUCCGCUUCUUCAAACAAGAGCUAGAUCCCAGCUUCAACGCGAACGAGAAAGAAGAAGCGCCCAAGGUAUUGAUAGAUCGCGUAAACUUCCCCAAGAUGACCCGCACCUACAGAGGCCACACCCUUGCCCCAGACUACGACAUCGAAUACGCGGACACAACCACCUUCGGCCAACUCCCCACAGCCCAACAACGCCUCAUCCUCUUCCUCCGCGCCAUAAUCCACAAACCAGACAUCGUCAUACUCGACGAACCUUUCUCCGGCAUGUCCAGCUCCCUCCGCGACAAAUGCAUCCACUUCCUCGAAGUCGGCGAACUAGCGCCUCGCGCAUCCACCGCCACUAGACGCUCCGGCUUGAAGAACGACUGGAUCCGCGGCUACGUACCCGAUGGAGGCUGCGAGACAUCCUCGCCUUCCACGCCCCCGCGACACCAGGGUCUCUCAGACGACCAGGCCCUUAUACUAAUCAGCCAUGUCCGCGAGGAAGUCCCCGACAUUGUGCGUCAUUAUAUGCUUCUCCCGUCUGCGCACGAGAACGACGAGACCGGGCUGGACUUCCGAUUUGGGUACCUUAAGUCUCAGAGCUCGUUGAAUCAGCAGAAGAUCUGGGAUACAUUGUGGGCACCCAAGGAGGAGUUUCAGGAGGGGGCCAGGCGGGCUUUUCACCGGUGGGAGGAGACGGAGUCGGAGGAU